AUGGAUUCACAAUAGAUUGAUUGUCCACUCUCAGAAUUGAUGACUAAUGAAGAAAUAAGAGAAUGGGCUUUUUCAUUGGAUCCUCAACCUGAAAAGAAAAGCAAAUUAAAUUCUUCUAUGCCUCAAAUAAGCAGUUCAGCUACUAUCAAUAGGGCUUGUCAAAAACAAUAAGAAUUUAAGACCAAAUAAGUCCCUCGAAUUAUUUAAACACCAUAAUAAGCACCUUUUUAAUUAGAAAAUCAAAAACAAAAAAAAGAAAUCAUUCAUCGUUUAAAACUUUAAAAUAGAUUAAUGAAAGAAAUGAUUUAGUAAUAAAAAGACUUAUUAGAACAAAUGAAAAAGGCUUGA